AUGUCCCCGAAGAAGACGUCGCCCAAGAAAACAUCCCCGCAGAAAGGACAUACAAACAAAGAAAACCAAACUUCAUGGCUAAAUGGUGUGGUGGAACAAGGUGAGUCGAAAUCGGAUAAUCAGCAAAAUCCGCACGAAACGUCGGAACCCAAGGGGAUCAAGGAUUGCCCACAGACUCCGGGUAAUAGGCUCCCUCUGGCAGAUCUUAUUGGGAACGCAGAGGACGCUUUCAGCAGGGCCCCGGUAGGGCAGGAGCUCACGCCAGAGGACUAUGUUAUAUGGCAACAUGCCCCUCCUAGUUCAAACCCGAGUACACAAACGCCCGCAACACAGAGCAAGAAGCGCCGUCACAGCUCGUCUCCGAGUAGUUCUCCUUUAGCCGGUUCUAAAGGGAAACGAAAAGAGUCUUUUGACCUCCAAAAUUUUCAAAGCUUGCUUAAAACUCCUCAGAACGAUCUCGCCACCGACCUAUGGAAUAACUAUGUGGCCAAGACUGCCGCGAAUGUACCCGACCUUCAGCAGCCACGCUUUGCGAAUCUCCUGUCAUCCUCCCCACAUACACCCGGGUCGGCCAGAACCGGUCAGGACUCUUCAGGUUUAAGGCGAUCAAUUAGCUGCAAUGCCGAGUGGCCUAGCACCAAAGCGAAGCGGAGGAAGGUGGAUGGAGAAAGCUACCACAAAGGCCGUGCUAUAUUCUCACGAACGAGAAGCAACAUUACGGUACCGAAAGACCUCAAGGCGGCGAACUUUAGCUCUCUCGUUCAAGAGAUGGAGAGAAGCCUUAAAAAGGCGGCUCCAAAGCAAUCCGACCCAUCCAAAACUGUACCGGUGAUAGUACACAAUGCGACGCGACAAGAUCGAUCGCCCUCUCCAUUAGAAACCAAAGUCGCUAAACCUCCUACUCGGCAGGCAAACACGGGUAAUGAAAUGAAAGUUGCUGCUCCUGCACCUACUAAUAGAAAACCCUUGGAAGAUUCAUCGUCUGAUUUUGGCGAUGAUGACCUCGAUGAUGAGUUCCUCGGAUUAGCAGAUACUUCGGACCCCUUCGUUGAGCAUACCCAGGUGAACAACUUGAGGCCAUCAAACACCGGAAACGAGCACGCGUUACCUGCACUGAACGCAGUCCAACAUUCUUUCAACUAUGGAAACAGCAAUAUACGCGCAGAAGCGAAUACGGACGUGAAAGCCGUCUCUAAUAAUGACACUGAUAUAAUUGACAUUGACGAAUUUGACGACGAUUUCGAGGGGCUCUCAGAUAAUAUCGAUGAACUCCUUGCGGGUUGCGACCAGACCGCAAGCACCAAGUUUUCCAGUGUCGUUCAGCAAGAGCCUUCAAUAUCAGAACUUCAGCCGGAAAAGCCGCCGAAAUUUGGAACUGAGUUGCAAAAUGAAGCAAAACAACAGCCUAUAGCUUCCAGCGAUGAGUUUGAUGACGAUGACUUUGACAUUGAUUGCUUGGAUCAGCCCAUUGCACAAGGUGAAGACAGUCCAGAUGAUACCUAUAGAGGCCGCAAAACUAUCAAACGUUACUUGAUCGUUGAUAUUGCCGAAUCUACUUAUGCCACGAAGAGAGGACGCAUACAGCCAGAGAAGGUUUUGUUGGUCCAAGACGAGGCUACAAAGCUUGAAAAGGUCGUCGUGCUCAGAGAAUCUUGGUAUGAUAGCCCUUGCGACAAGGACCAUUAUAUACACUUGAUCGGCGAAUUCGAUAUGAACGGUCACUGCAUCGUCAGCGACGCUCAGAAUAUGAUCAUAAUCCAUCCCGACCACCUUAUAUCUGCGACAGUUGUUGCGGACUCGAUCAGUUGCCAACGGCGGGCCGUGCUUCAGGACCGUAUCAAGCGAACUUCAGAUCUCGGAAAGCCGCAAGUAUUCGGCAACAUAUUUCAUGAGGUUUUCCAGGAAGCCAUAACUUUGAAUCAGUGGGAUACCGCGUCCCUGAGGGCGUUGAUCGAAGAUGUGGCAGUUAAGCAUGUGGAAGAGCUCUACCUGAUCCACAUGAGUAUCAACGAGGCUGUUGACCAUGUGAUGAGCAGAAUUCCAGGUAUACAGCGUUGGGCAGAGCUCUUUCUUCGAAAAGAACCAGGCCCACAAUCCUUUGUCGAGGACAGGAAUAGUUCGAAGCUGAAAUUAAGCGUCAACAAGCUGUUGGAAGUAGAGGAGCACGUCUGGUCACCGAUGUACGGCCUCAAAGGCAACGUUGAUGCAACGGUUCAAGUUGCCUGCAAUGACGGUACUGGGGAUAAAAACCUGAUAGUACCCCUUGAGCUUAAAACCGGUCAUAAGGAGACGAACGAGGCUCAUCGAGCACAAACCGCGCUAUACACUCUGCUACUCUCUGACCGUUAUGACGUCGAAGUGACGUUCGGACUCCUAUAUUAUCUUGAGACGUCAAAGAUAAUUCGAAUUCGAGGUAUACGUCACGAACUUUUGCAUAUGAUACAGGAGCGCAAUCGCGUGGCGGGAUAUGUACGUGAAAGGGCAUAUCUGCCGCCAAUGAUUAAGAAGCCGACGUUCUGUAACAAUUGUUAUACGAAGACAAUCUGUUUCAUAUACCACAAACUUGCCGACGACGGCAACGGUGAGACCAGCGGGCUUGGUGACGAUUUUGAUAAAGCAAUGGAACAUCUAAACCCGUCACAUCGAGAUUUCUUCCGGAAAUGGGACGAUCUGCUGACUAAAGAAGAAACGAGUAUGAGACGAUUCAAGAGAGAACUUUGGACAUUGCUCAGCCACGAGCGAGAGGCUCUUGGGCGGUGCUUUGGCAACAUCGUUAUCGAACCCGGAACAGCUUGCGAAGACAAAGAUGGAACAAAAAUCAAUCGGUAUCGCUAUACCUUCAUCAAAAAACAACAAUCGCCCACGUUCUCGUUCACCGAGUCCCAGAUAACUGUUGGAGAGCCAAUUGUCAUCUCGGAUGAGAAUGGUCACUUUGCCUUGGCCAACGGAUACGUUGUGCAAAUCAGCCCUAGACGUGUCACUGUCGCGGUCGACCGGAGGCUUCACAAUGCCAGAACAAGAACAGGCGGGUUUGAUGCUAAGAUGAACCAGUCAUUUAGAGGUAUAAUGGAGAUCGAGGGCAGCACUUCGACCGCGUCUCCAAUGGAACUGGAUGAAGAGAUGCUGUAUCGACUGGAUAAAGACGAGUUUAGCAACGGAAUGGCUAUAGUCCGAAGCAACCUUGUUGCAAUGAUGGAAAAAGAUUUGUUUCAAGCCGGGCAGCUGAGGAAAUUGAUCAUCGAAGGGAAACCGCCUGCGUUCAAAUCCAAUGUUCCCAAGCUACCUGGCUUAGAAGAGGCAGGCCUGAACGUCGACCAGAAACAAGCGAUCAACAAGGUCAUGAGCGCACAGGAUUAUGCACUUGUUCUAGGCAUGCCUGGAACAGGAAAAACCACGACUAUCGCUCAUAUCCUUCGAGCUCUUGUAGCUCAAGGAAAGAGUGUCCUGUUAACCUCCUAUACGCACACCGCUGUGGAUAACAUUCUCUUAAAGAUUCGCGACGACAACAUGCGUAUCCUCCGCAUUGGAGCAGCCACCAAAGUACAUCCUGAUGUUCAUCAGUUCGCAGAACUUGCCGCUACCCCCAAGAAGACAAUUGAGGAGCUGAAGGCUGCUUACGAAGACUCACAGGUGGUUGCGACUACUUGCCUUGGAGUUGGUCACCACAUAUUCAACACGCGCGUCUUCGAUUACUGUAUCGUCGAUGAGGCGUCUCAAAUUACACUUCCAGUCUGUCUAGGACCUAUCAGGAUGGCGAAGACGUUUAUCCUUGUCGGAGACCAUUAUCAGCUUCCUCCAUUGGUGCAAAACAAGGAAGCGCAAGCCGGUGGUCUUGAUGUUAGUCUAUUCAAGCUGCUUUCCGAUGCUCACCCGUCCUCGGUGGUCAAUCUCGAGCAUCAGUACCGGAUGUGUGAAGACAUCCAGCUUCUUUCCAAAACGCUGAUUUACUCCGGUCGUCUAAAAUGCGGCACCCCCGAGGUCGCUGCGCGCUCCCUGGAAGUUCCCAAUAUCAGCGGUCUCAAGCAACACCACCUUAGUGAUUUUUCUCAAGCAAGCAAAAGCCGCCAGCUGUGCUUGGGAACAAGCCAAGGCAGCUGCUGGCUCCGUGAUCUCGUGGACCCCUCGACCAAGACGUACCUCGUCAACACAGACACACUUGGAACACCUGCUCGCGACGUCACCAACGGCGCGCGAAUUGUAAAUGCCACUGAAGCAACCCUAUGCACACAGCUCGUGGAGGCGUUCAUCUCUUGCGGCAUCUCAGCCCGCAGCAUCGGCGUCAUCACUUUCUACCGCAGCCAACUCAGUCUCUUGAAACAAAACCUUCGCCACCACCUUCCCGCCCUGGAAAUGCACACUGCAGACAAAUUUCAGGGCCGAGAUAAGGAAAUCAUCAUCCUCAGCUGCGUCCGCAGCAAUCAAGACAACUACGUCGGCGACUUACUGAGCGACUGGCGCCGCGUCAACGUCGCCUUCACCCGAGCCCGCACCAAGCUCCUCGUCCUGGGCAGCAAGAAUACCCUCCGCAACGGAAACGAGCUCCUCGGUAAAUACGUCAACUUGGUCGAGCAGCGCGGCUGGGUCUAUGACCUUCCGAAGAACGCUGUUGAAAACCAUAUCUUCGACGACGUGCCGCUUUCGACAUUUGAUCGGUUCACACCUAGUCCCGUGAAGAAGAAGAGCAGUCCGAACAAGAGCCCCAAUGUGGUGAGAAAGGCAGCUCGCAAUCCAUUAAGUCCUGUUCAACAGCGAUUAUCUCUAUCGGGCCUCAGGAAGCCCGCAAAGAAGGGCAUGAAUAUAUUGAGUGGCCAGAAGAUCCUGGGGAAUCGACCUGUGCUGCAGGAUGUGGUUAAUGACGUUGUGGGAUGA